CCUCAAUUAGCCGACUACAUCUAGGUUUCACUAGUUUGAAGGAGCCACGGACACCCUCGUGUCGGCCAAAACGCCCCCGCAACUUUCGGGGGUUUCCUACAAAACCCUUCCGAGCUCUCAGAAAACUUUUCUGAGCUUUGCAAAAAUUUCCCACGGACCUCAUUAACGGUGGUAUUGGAUCGACAAUGCCCUGAUGCCUACCUACAUAGUCAAAACAGCGUCCGACGAUGCUGUAAACGCCGUCCGUUGGGAAAAGUGUAAGUUUAGAGGGGGUUUUGUGAGACAACCCAGAUUUCUCAGCGGGUUUUAUGGGAUAAUUUUUGAGGUGGGCACCUAUCGCGCGUGAAAAUUCCCCCAGAAAGGAAACUUUCACGGAGAAAGGCAAUCUCCCCAAAGAAGCAAUGGGAGGCGGCGGCGCCGCCCAAGAAUCCUCUCAGUCAUCCUCCCCGCGCUCCUCCCCGCAUCCAUCGUCGCCAACGACGGCAACGAGCUCCAAAUCCAUGACCACCAUCUCUCGCCACUACUUCGGCCGAGACUCCUCCGACGGAUCCCAUGAUUUCUUCGUCGACAUCAUUGAGAGUAUGGAGGAGGAAUACGGCAUGUUCGUAUGGCCUUGUAGCAUCAUUCUUGCUGAGUAUGUGUGGCAGCAGAGGUUUCGCUUCUCUGGAGCCACUGUAGCUGAGUUCUCCAAGGGGAUCUUUUCUUGCACGAUUUUGGUGAGGAUUUUGCAACCUUGUAUUGAAAAAUGCGGCGCACAGCUUGGCGCUGGAACUUCCUUGCCGGGCUUGGUAGCGGCAAAACUGGGAGCGGAUGUUACACUUACAGAUAAUUCAAAUCGACCAGAGGUUCUUGACAACAUGAAGAGAAUAUGCGAACUAAAUAAUCUAAACUGUGAGAUAUUAGGGAUCACUUGGGGAGAGUGGGAUUCCCCUAUGUUUGAUUUGCACCCUCAAAUUUUGCUUGGCGCUGAUGUAUUCUAUGACACAAUUGAUUUUGAAGAUCUUUUUGCGACGGUUACUUUUCUAUUACAAAGGUCUCCUGGAUCAGUGUUUAUAACUGCUUAUCAUAACCGAAGUGGUCAUCAUCUUAUCGAGUUCUUGAUGGUUAAGUGGAGAUUGAAAUGUGUAAAGCUUUUGGAUGGUUUCUCUAUCAUGCCAUCUAUCAAGGCUUCUUCUCUGCAGGGAAAUAUUCAGUUAGUUGAGAUUAUAUUGGAUGGCCAAUAAGAGUGCAAGCUAAAGGUUGCAGAAUAUUCAUGAAAAUGUUCUGCCCUAGUUAAGGCGUGGGUUUUAGUCUUCCAAGUAAAGGAAUGCAGAAUGGCAGGGACUUCUUUUGAUGGACUUGCUUUCUCGUCUUUCUGCAGUAACUUGUUUCAGUUGCUUAGCAUUAGGAAUUCGAACAACUGCUUCAAAUAUAGUAUCAGGAAGUACAUCUAGCGGAAGUUCAAUAUCCACAGGCUUAUUAGCUAAAUGGCAAUUGGCAAAGCAGGUGUAAGCAUUUAUUGAUGUAUAUAUUUGUGAUUUGCAAUUGAUCUAGCUGUUUGAUUAUUUCCAGGCUUAUUUUUAUGAUGUUUUGGAACUGGGACUACAGCGCGGCAGAAUUUUCAACUAGCUUAUGGCUCCUGAAAGUAUUAACCUUG